UUGGGAUUGGCUGCGACGAUGUGCAUGUGGUGGAUGUGUCGAUAACUCGAUAACUGGUCUCCAUUCUCGUGGUGGCCACUUUCACAACUACUCGUCGCUACAUAACCAUGCUUCGACGAAACAACGCGUGCCUGAACUUGGCCGCCCUCGACACAUCGUACAACGCUGCCACCUCAACCCUGCAUGCAACGAUGUUACCGGCAAGAAAGCGACUGUCGGAUUCAGACGCCACAACAACCACAGGCAAAGGCUGGCCGUCGACAAAUGCAAAGCGAUCGACUCCAGUCCCGAUUCCAGAACCCAAAAACAGACCGUUCUACUGCGUCAACCAAGACGCACAUAGUCGCCCUGGACGACUCGUCAUGUAGAGCGAGCGUUGAGAUGCAUCCCUCGGCCAUGACGAUAUCGAUCUUCCCUUAUUAUUUACUAACGUUAUCAAUCAAUGUGUAUCUGUCAA